AUGGAGGGCGCCGUCAGCGAUGGCAAUGGCGUGUGCUUCCCCUACGACGUGCUACUCGACAUCCUCCGCCGCCUCCCCCGCCGUGCCGUCGCCAAUUCCCGUUGCGUCUGCCGUGUGUGGCGCGCCCUCCUCGACGCCCACAAGCCCCUCCCUCCAAUGGUGUUCUUCGACGUGACCAUCGGCGACGCCCCCGCAGGCCGCAUCGUGAUGGAGCUCUUCGCCAAGGACGUGCCCAAGACGGCGGAGAACUUUCGCGCGCUCCGCACCGGCGAGAAGGGCGUCGGCAGGAGCGGCAACUACAAUUCGGUUUGGCAUGAAUCUUGCUCGAACGGCGAGAGUCUCUGUCGUUUAGGCCUGCGAGCGGCCGCGGCGACCGUGUCCUCUCACCAGCUGGGCGGCAUUGUCGACGCAGAUCGAUCUGCGCGCAUGCCGGCCGCCCACAUGGAGGGCACCGUCGGCGACGGCAAUGGUGUAUGCUUCCCCUACGACGUGCUACUCGACAUCCUCCGCCGCCUCCCCCGCCGCGCCGUCGCCAAGUCCCGCUGCGUCUGCCGUGUGUGGCGCGCCCUCCUCGACGCGCACAAGCCCCUCCCCCCGAUUGUGUUCUUCGACGUGACCAUCGGCGGCACCCCUGCAGGCCGCAUCGUGAUGGAGCUCUUCGCCAACGACGUGCCCAAGACGGCGGAGAACUUCCGCGCUCUAUGCACCGGCGAGAAGGGCAUCGGCAGGAGCGGCAAGCCGCUGCACUACAAGGGCACAGCGUUCCACCGUGUGACCCCCGACAUCAUUAUCCAGGGCGGGGACUUCACCAAGGGCAACGGCACCGGCGGCGAGUCCAUCUAUGGCGGCAAGUUCCCCGACGAGAAUUUCAUCCGCAAGCACAUCAAGCCCGGGAUGGUCUACAUGGCCAACGCGGGGCCCAACGCCAAUGGCUCCCAGUUCUUCAUUUGCCUCGUCCCCUGCCCUUGGCUUGACGGCAAGCACGUAGUCUUUGGCGAGGUCGUCGAGGGCAUGGAUGUCCUCAGGAACAUCGAGAAGGUGGGCUCCCUCAGCGGCAGCUGCACCAUGCCCGUCGUCAUCGCCGAUUGCGGCUAG